AUGGCUAAUCUGCCUAACAUUUCUCUCGCCGAUAUUCAGUCAUUUACUGAAUAUCUGAAAGGAUGUAGGCGAAUCACGGCUUUGGUCGGGGCCGGGCUAUCUGCACCCUCUGGCCUACCCACCUUUCGUGGUGCUGGUGGGCUCUGGCGAAAGUACCGCGGCAGCUCACUCGCCACUCCAUCCGCUUUCAAUGAAAAUCCAGGGCUUGUGUGGCAGUUUUAUAGCCAUCGCCGACAUUUGGCUCUCGAAGCAGAGCCAAACAAGGCACAUUAUGCUCUCGCGGAACUGGCACGGAAGAAUAGAGACUUUAUCACUAUAUCUCAGAAUGUUGAUGGUUUGUCGCCAAGAGCGCAGCACCCACCCAGGCAGCUGUAUCUACUGCAUGGAUCUCUGUUCGAUGUUAAAUGCAACGAGGCCUCUUGCGACUACACGCGUCAAAAUGACUUUACCGACCCCAUCGUUCCCGCCCUUGCAAUCCCCCAAAAGGGGUUGAACUUGCCUGCCUCGAGGGAGAACGAGGUCGAUAUAUCAGAUGUUGCGAAUUCAGUUCCAGAUUUGGAGAUUGCUGAUCUGCCGCAGUGUCCCAAGUGUGACGGGCUGCUACGACCAGGCGUAGUUUGGUAUGAGGAAUGUCUUCCUAGCAAUAUUAUCGACGCCGUCGAGGAGUGGUUUGAUGAAGGUUACAUUGACCUCAUGUUGGUUAUUGGCACAAGCCUCAGUGUCAGUUCCGCCUCACACUAUAUCGACACUGCUCGCCAUGCCGGUGCCCGCGUGGCCGUGAUCAAUAUGGAUGCUGAGGCUGGUGAUGUUUUGAAGUAUGGAGAUUGGUUUUUCCAAGGCGACGCUGCGGUACUGGUUCCAGAGCUUUUGAAGGGCAUCAUUGGGAAAAUUUGA